AUGGAACCCUCCUCUCCCCCGUCUCCUCCGAUCGCCGACAAUACCGAUCCCGAGCGCCGCCUUCGCGAAGCGGAGGAGCGUCUCCGAGACGCUAUCGAGGAGCUUCAACGCCGCCAACGACGCGCCGCUGCUCAUGCUUACCACAACUUCCAUCAACAUAACAACCUUGAGUCCCCGCCCUGCAGUCACGGUCCCGAUGAGUCCUGCAUCGCACACGCCAUUGGCAACCUCUGUCAGACUUUCCUUCUCUCAUACGGCGUCAGAGUCGGUAUCGGGAUUCUCCUCCGCGCCUUCAAGCUUGCUCGAAGGCAAUCCUACUCCUCUCUCCUUGAUCUCAAGCAACUUGUUUCUGAAAAAGACCUAAUAGUCAGGGAAGAAGCAUGUCGUAUUGGUUUACUUUUUGGUGGUUUCACCGGAUCUUAUCAUGCUCUUAGAUGCUUGUUUAGAAAGUUGAGAAAAAAAGAGACUGCGAUGAACGCAAUUUUAGCAGGUUCAGUUGCUGGUUUCUCAAUUCUGGCACUAAAUGAUUCGAAUAGGAGGCGCACACUGGCUUUAUAUCUAUUAGCUAGGCUAGCCCAGUGUGCUUAUAAUUCUGCGAAAUCUAAGGACAAAUUUCACCUUUGGGGAAGUCAUUGGAGACAUGGAGAUUCUUUGCUGUUUUCCCUUGCUUGUGCACAGGUUAUGUAUGCCUUUGUAAUGCGCCCCGAGAGCUUGCCGAAAUCCUAUCAAGAAUUCAUUCAGAAGACCGGACCAGUUGCAGAGCCUGUAUACAGGGCUGUAAGAGAUAGCUGUAGGGGUCAUCCAGUUGAUGUUGCUUCACUACACACCUACUUAUCUCGCAAAGGAAAAUCUGACUAUGUGAAGUUGGAAGAAUUUCCUUCUAUUAUUCCUUGUUCCAUCAUUCACGCAGGAACAAAUUCAUGUUUAGCUCACGAAGUAAAUGCAACAUCAGCAACCUUCAAGAAAACUUUCCCACUUUACUUCUCUCUGACCUUUGUGCCAUUUGUUGUUCUGCACCUACAAAAGUUCACUGAUGCUCCUUUCCACACUUUCUGGGUUGCCAUUAAAGGAGCUGUUCGUUCAACAGCUUUUUUGUCUGCUUUUGUUGGAAUCUUUCAGGGAGUCAUAUGUUUGCAUAGAAAACUUUCUUCAAGAGAUCACAAACUUGUGUAUUGGAUAGCAGGUGGAAUAUCUGCCCUUUCAGUGCUAUUGGAGAAAAAAGCAAGGCGGGGUGAGCUAGCGUUAUAUGUUCUUCCCCGAUCAGUAGAUUCAUUAUGGUAUAUCUUGGCGAACAGGCACCUGCUUCCAAAAAUUAGGAAUGCUGAGGUCUUUUUGUUUUCUCUCUGCAUGGGAGGGAUCAUGUAUUACUUGGAGUACGAGCCAGAAACCAUGGCCCCAUUUCUUAGGGGCCUGAUCCGCCGCUUCCUUGCCAGCAGAAUUAGCAGUCCAAGCCUGCCGUCUAAUCAAACUGCUUCUCAAACUCCGUCUCAAGCUACGCCUUACGCAUACCUACAAGCUCAAGAUGGCAUCACGACACCGAAAUUACGAGAGAGAAGGGACAGCGAAUCUUAUGAGAAGUUCAAUCUUGAGUCUAUUCCCGGGCUUUGA